CCCUCGUGGUGGCAUCCAACAUUUCGUUUCUUUUUUCUAUAUUUGUUUAACAUCCAGCUCUGUCCUUCCUUCUCGUCUCACCACUUUCGUUUUACCUUCUUCUUGCUGUGUACAUUCAUUAUGCGCUCUUUCACUUCCUUCUUAGUAGCGGUGCUACUCCCUAUCGUUCUUGCUUGUGAGAAUCCAGAUACUCAUUCUUGUGCCUCUAUAUUCAGCGCCAGCACAGCACUGGUGUCAAGCUUUUGCGCAACAUAUACCGCAAGCGCUAUCACUGCUACUGCAGCUAUUCCUUCUGACAUCAAUUCCGCUUGUUCUGGCAAGACCACGAGCAUCUCGGAAGCGUGCUCCUGCUUUGUUACUUCCGAGACAGCUGUUGCCCUAGUCGCAACUACCUCUACCACUGAGGCCAAGACCACAGCUAAGACAAUAAUACCUACAACGCUAGCUACCUCAACUAUCAAAGCAACUUCAGUAGCUAAAGUAACCUCCAGCGCAGUCGCAGUUGCAACUACCGCCGAUGCAGCAGCGGCUUCAGCGGGAGUUGGAGGCACCAUCAUCAGUACCCUGACAGGUGGUGCUGGUGUUGGCGGUACUACCUGCACAGUGACUGCUUUUGCAGAUAUUAGCGCAUCUGUCUCAGCAUGCUCCAAUGUUCUAUUGAGCGGCAUCACUGUCCCAGCCUCUACAACCUUGUCUGUUGCCGUUCCCACCAGCGGUGCUCUCCUUUUCGCCGGUACUAUGACGGUCGAGUACACACCUGAUGCAGAUUACACGCCUAUUGUUCUCAAAGGGACCAACGCCAAGGUGGCUGGCCUUGCAGGUGCAGUCAUAGAUGGUCUUGGCGCCGAUUACUGGGAUGGAGAAGGAUCCAACGGUGGUACGGCGAAGCCAGACCACUUCAUCAAACUUAGUGACAUGACAAGCAGCAGCUUUUCCGAUAUCAAGAUCAUCAACUGGCCUACACACUUGUUUGAGAUCACUGGGUGCACCGAUAUGACAAUGUCGCAACUUAUCUUGGACAACAGUGCUGGUGCCUCUCUUGGACACAACACGGACGCUUUCGAUGUUUCCAGUACUGAUGGAUUGUACGUCUCCGGUGCCACGGUCUACAAUCAAGAUGAUUGCGUGGCCGUGAACUCGGGAUCUAAUAUGCUGUUCGAAAACAUGUGCUGCGAUGGAAGCCACGGUCUAUCGAUUGGCAGUAUCAGCAGCGGGGUAACGGUCAGCAAUAUCACGUUCAAGGACUCGAGUGUCGUGAACGGCGAGAACGCUUGCCGCAUCAAGACGGAUGCUGGAGACGAUGACUCGACUGUCUCCGAUAUUACUUACAGCAAUAUCUACGUCUCAAACAUUACCGACUACGCCAUUGAUGUCCAGCAAGACUACGAGAACGGUGACCCAAUAGGCGAUUCUACAACCGGAAUCACGGUCUCGGGUGUCACGUUUGAUUCGAUUACUGGCUCCGUGGCUGAUGGUGGCUAUGAGUACUAUAUCCUUUGCGGCUCGACUUCAAGCUGUACGGAUUUCACCUGGACUGAUAUUGAUAUCACGGGAGGGACAUCCUCGUGUUCGCCGGCUGGUGAUGAAUGUCCGUCAACAUAAGUUCGUUGCCAAUACUCACUACCAAUGGAUGUGCUAGAAGCAAGUUGUGUAUAUAGCUAGGGUGGUUUGUACUGUACAUAGCGAUUUGACCUGGAGUCCGGUUGGGUAAAUCAACAUUCGAUUCUUCGUUCAUUACCUUGUCACAUGUGAUGACUUGUGUAGCAGGGAUUUCCAAGCUUGUUCGGAAUGCAAAUACGUGUGGGUGGGACUCGUUCUUCACCAAGAGGCGGAGCGCUGAAAUGAGAGACUUGUGAAUUUGUUCUUCAAGAGGACUGAGAUGAGUUCACUCUGUGUAGCUCCUGGCAAAGCGAUGCUAAGUAUUUUCUUAAGUGAGUGGCUUCUAUGGCAGCAGGA